UUCCCACCUGCCCCUUUCUGCUCUUUACGUUACCACUACUCACUAGUCGAGUUUUGUUCAUAGUGGUGUACUACUACUAAUAACACUAUAAAUAUGUGAUUCAAGUACUGGAUUUAAUCUCUGAGAAAACAACACUUAAAAUACAAUCUAAUCAUCUGUCAAAUUUGUUUGUGUCAUCUGAAAAAUGGGUUCAAUUGAGGGUAGGAAUAAUGAAGUUAGUGAAGGAAAGACAACAAUGCACCGUCUAAUAGCAGAAGAAGGUGCAGUGUUAAUGCCGGGUGUUCAAGACGCUUUCUCAGCUGCAAUCGCUGCCAAAGCUGGCUUUAAGGCUUGUUUUGUUUCCGGCUUUGGUGUUUCUGCUGCUCUUCUUGGCUUACCUGACUUCGGUUUGCUUACGACAACAGAAGUAACACAGGUAAGUCGAAGGAUAACAUCAGCUGCCCCAAACUUGUGUGUGAUUGUUGAUGGAGACACUGGUGGUGGGGGUCCUUUGAAUGUACAAAGAUUUAUCAAAGAGUUGAUUGCAGCUGGUGCCAAGGGUGUCUUUCUAGAGGACCAAGUAUGGCCGAAGAAGUGCGGUCAUAUGCGCGGCAAGAUGGUGGUACCAGCAGAGGAGCACGCAUUGAAAAUAGCAGCAGCAAGAGAAGCCAUCGGAGAUGCUGAUUUUUUCUUGGUUGCAAGGACUGAUGCACGAGCUCCCCAUGGUCUUCAAGAAGCUAUCAGGCGCGCAAACCUCUAUAGAGAGUCGGGAGCUGAUGCCACAUUUGUCGAGGCACCAGCAAACAUCGAGGAACUUAAAGAAGUCGUGAAUGGUACAAAAGGUUUAAGAAUCGCAAACAUGAUUGAAGGUGGAAAGACUCCUCUACACACACCAGCUGAAUUCAAGGAACUCGGGUUCCAUUUGAUUGCUCAUUCGCUUUCAACAAUCUAUGCUACAACUCGUGCUCUAGUCGAUAUCAUGAAGGUACUCAAGGAGAAGGGUACUACUAGAGACGAUUUGGACAAGAUCGUUACAUUCUCUGAGUUUAAUGAAAUGAUCAGCUUGGAGUCUUGGUAUGAGCUUGAAAAUAAGUUCAAGAAUUUCACUCCUAAAGCUUAAGGAUCAAAUUUAUGUUUUAAUAGUUUGUUAUAUAUUUACCAUAAUUUGAAAUAAAACUUUUUAUGUAUUUUCACUUGUUUGAUCAUAUACAUUUACAAUGCAAUUCAAUUUCAUGGAUUGUGUAAAUUGUAAUCUUGAAGCAUAUGUAAUCUUUUAUUAUUAUUGCUAGUUAUUAUGCUAUAUAAUAUAUAUGAAGUAAGUGAUAAAGUUUAAGGAAAUUAUUAAUGGUAUACUUAAAUUUAUUUUUUUUAUU